GAGAAGAGAGAGAAGAAGAAGAAAAUAAACAUUACGACUCUUUCUCUCUCUGUGUGUGUGUGUAUGUUAAACUUAAACCCAGACGAAACCUCCGAUCGUCUUCUUCAAAUCUCUUCAUCUUCCUCCUACCUCAUCUAUAAAGACAACACCGUUGCUGUUAUCUCUCCGGCGAAUCGAAUUUUGGAUAAGGUUUUGGUUGAAACCAGAGGUAUAUAGAGAGGAGAGAAGAGGGUUUUGCUCGUCUCUCGAUGACUCUAAGCCGUUCAUCAGCCGCCGAUUCAUUUCAUAGCUCUAACCGAUCUUUCUCCGCCGUGGCUGGAACCGAUCAUCACAAACGUAAGCUAGAUGAUUUCGACGCUUCGUCGUCACCUGAUUACGUCGGCGUUGUUGAUUUCUUCCACAAGAUGAAGAAACACGAGGUUGACGCUGAUCAUACGGCGCAGCAGACUUUGGUUUCUUGGAGAUGCGGUGAGAAUUUCGCGUUUAAUCGGUCUUUCUCUUCUUCUUCUUCUUAUUCUUCUCCUUCUCCCGGGGAGUGUUCUUCCUCGAAUCGUUCUGAGUCGACUCGGUUACAAAUCUUUGUGAGGAUGAUGUCUGGUGGUAAAACGAUUGUGAUCCACGCUGAUAGAAACGAUACUGUGGAGAAGCUCCAUGAGAGGAUUGAGUGGAAGACGAAGAUUCCGGUGAGUGAGCAACGAGUUAUCUAUAAAGGUAAGCAGUUACAGUACGAACACUCACUUGCUUACUACUCGAUCGAGCAAGACGCUUCGCUUCAGCUCGUUGGUAGGAUGCAGAGUACAGAGCACCCUGUGGCUUGGCAAACGAUUGAUGAUAUUAUGUACACAAUCUCGAGAAUGUACAGAGGUGAAAUUAUUCAGUCCAACAUCAAUGAGAAGCUCGGUGCUUUCUUUGCCAUGAUUCCUGUGGAGACUGAUGAGUCCAUUGCCAAAUAUUUGAAGAUCUUUUCGGAUUCUUCGGUUCCAGCUGCUUUAGUGAUGCUCUACGCUUCUCCUUCAGAAAGGAACAAAUCGUGUGCUAAAAUUUCUGUUAAGCUCUUCUUGAAUAGUUGCUCAGCCUUGCCCAAGAAUCAGCUGAACUAUUGUUUACCGAUAGUGUUAGAUUUCUGUAAAUUGCUUAGGAACGUUUGCCCUGAUCAGAAGCUCUAUGUUACUUGCCGGAACACCUUGGGCUCAAUGCUGGAAACGUUUGAUAACCCUCGUGUAUUCGAGGGUGGAUUGACGGCAGUUGGGGUGGAGAUUUUCCCCUUCUUUACCGAGUUAACUGGUUUGUUAGUGAAUGAGUUAGUCCAGGAUUCAGGGCCUAGUUUCGGUGACUUUCAUAAAUUAUCUUCCUUUUGGCAACACUUGAGGAAGGCCAUUGAAAUCCAAGUUGCCUACCCAAUGCCCAUUGUCUCACCUCUGCGGAAUAAUGGAUUGGAUGCGGAAAUCGGACAUCUCCAUAGGUUAUUUGGAACCUUGCUGACUACAAUGGAUGUUUGUAUGUGUAGGGUCAUCAAACCUUCGCUGCCUGACAAAGAAGUUGGAAACGGUGAAGUUACGUCUUCAUCGUGGUCUCAAUAUCUUGCCAUUCUGAAGAUUAUCAAUUCAAUGUCUAACCUCUAUCGAGGUGCUAAGGGACAGCUAGCUGUUAUUUUAAAUAGAAACAAGGUUUCAUUCUGCACCCUCAUUCUGAAAUUUGCGAAAAGAGGAGAUGACCACCAAUGGAUCUUUGAGUACAAGGAAGCUACCAACUUUGAAGCUAGGAGGCAUUUGGCCAUGAUGUUGUUUCCUGACGUGAAAGAAGAAUUUGAUGAGAUGCACGAAAUGCUAAUUGAUCGCUCCAAUUUGUUAUCAGAAUCUUUUGAAUACAUAGUUGGCGCAAGCCCUGAAGCACUUCAUGGUGGACUGUUCAUGGAAUUUAAGAAUGAGGAAGCGACAGGUCCUGGUGUUCUACGAGAAUGGUUCUAUCUGGUAUGUCAGGAGAUAUUCAAUCCAAAAAAUACUCUCUUCCUUCGAUCUGCUGAUGAUGUUAGAAGAUUCUCUCCAAACCCAGCAUCCAAGGUAGAUCCGUUGCAUCCUGAUUUCUUCGAGUUCACGGGUCGUGUGAUUGCCUUAGCUUUGAUGCACAAAGUUCAAGUGGGUGUGAUGUUUGAUCGUGUAUUCUUCUUACAAUUGGCUGGACUGAAAAUUUCUCUGGAAGAUAUUAAGGAGACAGAUCGAGUUAUGUACAAUAGCUGCAAACAGAUUCUAGAAAUGGAUCCAGUGUUUUUCGAUUCAAACGCCGGCCUUGAUCUAACAUUCGUGUUGGAAACCGAGGAGCUGGGAAAGAGGGAUAUAAUAGAGCUAUGUGAAGGUGGGAAAUCCAUGGCUGUCAACAGCAAGAACAGGAAACAAUAUGUCGAUCUCCUCAUCGAACGCCGAUUUGCCACACCAAUUUCCGAGCAAGUAAAACAAUUUUCCCGGGGUUUCACUGAUAUGCUUUCAGAUUCCAUACCGCCCAGAUCCUUUUUCAAGAGAAUAUACCCAGAGGAUCUCGACGGAAUGCUUCGAGGAGGAGAAGACCCCAUAAGCAUAGAUGAUUGGAGAGCACAUACAGAGUACAACGGAUUCAAAGAGACUGAUCGCCAAAUAGAUUGGUUCUGGAAGAUACUGAAGAAAAUGACAGAGGAAGAACAGCGGAAUAUACUGUUCUUUUGGACAUCACUUAAGUUUGUACCAGUGGAAGGGUUUAAAGGAUUAUCAUCAAAGCUUUAUAUCUACAGAUCAUUCGAAGCUAAUGAUCAUCUUCCAUUGUCUCACACUUGCUUUUACCGUCUCUGUAUACCAAAAUACACAACGAGCAAUCUCAUGGAACAACGCCUUCGUCUCAUCGCUCAGGAUCAUGUCAGCUCCAGUUUCGGUAAAUGGUGACUGAGUUAUCAAAAGUAAAUCUUGUUUCUCCUUUCUAUCUAUCCCUCUCCCCUCUUUGAUCUUUAAAUAGGGUUUAGUAGAUUGGUGCUUUUGGUGUAUAGAUUUAGAGUUGUGGUCAUCAGUCUCUGUUAUAUGACCAAAAGAGAAAGGUGAAUGAAACCUUUCUUAACUUAUGGUUAAUUAAAUUUUAAACUUAUCCCGACAAGUAAUAUAUAAGUAAAAAAAAAGUGUUCUUUUGACAUA